AUGGGAGCGCUUUGCAAACCAUGGCAUUUAUUCUUUUUAAUUUUACUUAUAAAUGAUAGAGCUCAGUAUAUUGUAUUCCUUACACAUGAGUUCAGCGUGUCUAAUGUGUCCCGCUUUCAGUUAUACACUGACUCUUUUCCAUGUUUACAUCAUGUUCUCUGUUUCUGUUCUGUUUCAGUGCUGAUUUCAUUUGUACCACUGCCACAUGCUCAAGGGAGUCCUAAAGCUGUGGUGUCCAUAAAACCUGAUGAAAAUGUGUACAUUGGAGAGAGAGUUACUCUCAGAUGUGACGUACAGGAAGGAGGAGACACUGAGUGGACAUACAGCUGGUAUAAGAAUAAUGACAGACUCUACGUAGAGAGAGGAGACAGAGUCUAUACAGACAGCACAAUGCAAGAGGUCAGUAUCAGGUCUGUUAGUGACUCUGACAGUGGUGACUACACCUGCCAAGGACAGAGACGUGACUCUCAGAGCUCAGACAUCAGUGAUACUGUUACACUGACUGUAUCAGAGAGACCACGGGCAGUACUGAGUGUAUCUCCACAGAGCUGGCUGACUGAAGGAGACUCAGUGACUCUAAGCUGUGAGGUUACAGACUCCUCUACAGACUGGACAUUCAGCUGGUACACAGUUGUUCUCUACAGAGACAAUAAUGGUCAUAUCAGUGCUAAAAAAAAGCUUCUCUCAGACAGCAGCAGAGGAUCCAGAGGCUUCUACACUCUCAGUCCUGCUGCUCUUAACCACACAGGAGUUUAUGUGUGCAGAGGAGAGAGAGAAGAACGACGCUCUUACACAAAUUACAGCAAUCUACAGCUACUAUGGAUCACUGGUGAGGAAAAAUAACAACACUGGUGUGUUGGAGUGUUGAAUAUAUAUUCAUAAAUACAGUAAAAACAUUAUUACAGCAUUAAUUUUAAAUAUGGAGAAUCACAGCUGUGCUAAUGUUUGGUGUAAAAAUCUUUAUAUUCACUCUCCUGAGUGAGGAAUGUUUAAGGCAGUUGAAUAGC